GAGUCAGUCUACAGAUCAGCUGACCGAGAGGCUCGAGCUGUCGAUGGAACAUUUCUCAGUUUCGUGAAUCUAAAGUAAAAUAUCAGUUUCUGAUUGAUCGAUCAGUCCGAACACAGACAUGCCGUCGCUCCUGUUCUGCGGGCCGAAGAUGGCCGCGUGCGGGAUCGUGAUCAGCAUCUGGGGCGUCAUCAUGCUGGCGAUGUUGGGAAUCUUCUUCAGCGCGAAGUCGGCCGUGCUGAUCGAAGACGUGCCGUUCACCGAGGAGGACAUCCGUAACGAUAAAAAUCCUCCUCAGAACAUCUACGCUCUGUACAACCAGGUCGGCAUCAACUGCUUCAUCGCCGCCGCCAUCUACGUGGCGGUGGGCGCCGUCUCGCUCUGCCAGGUCAGGCUCAACAAACGUCAGGAGUACAUGGUCACUUAGACGGCUACAGCGACGACAGAGCCUGACCUCUGACCUCUGACCCCCCCCACCCCCCCGCCCCGGACAUCAGCUGCUGGAGGACGUUACAACAUAAAGAUCUGCGUCACACUGGUAGUGAGGGGAGGAGGUCGGGCGUCACCUGAAUUUAUUUAUUUUAAAGUUAAGCCGUCGAUGUGUUUGUUGUUUGUCGUGAUGUUUGUUGUUGUUGUUGCAUCAUUCCUUUUGAACGGGUUAUUCAUGAAAGCGACCAAACGUUGGACCACUUCCUGCAUGCACACAUUUACUGAAUGACAUUUAAAUCAAUGAGGAAAAAUUAGAAAUAAAUAAACCUUCAGCUGAUGCAGCGAAAGCAAGAAUCAACAUAUCUCUAAUAUUUGAAGUUACACCUCCGCCGUCUGAACUGAAUCUGUUUUAUUCUCCAUCACUGCUUUAAAAUCUGUUUAUUUUCAAAGGAAGAAACACUUUUGUACCUGCUGAAGGUGUCGACGUGUCUCUUCCAUCAGGCUUCCUGCUGUUUCCUGAAGAAAGUGUUUACAUGCUGUUUGUCAUUAAUGCUACUGAGGAUCAAACUCGACGGUUGUUUUAUGUGACAAGAGUGUCAUGGUGGAUAAUCCUUUGCAAUAAAGUGUGUGUGUGUGUGUAAAUACUA